AUGGUAGAGGGUGUUGAACAACAUGUAUCUAAAGAGCUGAGCAGAGUAGAAGAAGCCGACAUUUGUGGUACGACCUCAAUGUCUACCGAUGGCACGAAUUCAACAUCGCCAGAUGGUACGAGCUCAACGUCUACCAAUGGCACGAAUUCAACUUCGCCAGACGGUACGACCUCAACGUCUACCGACGGCACGACUUCAACGUCGCCAUACGGUACGACCUCAACGUCUACCGACAGCACAACUCCAACAUCAACAGACGGUACGACCUUAACGUCGACCGAUGCUACGACUUUAACGUCGAUCGACGGUACAACCUCAAUAUCGACCAAUGACACGACCUCAACGUCGAUUGACGACUCGACAUUGAAGAGCAUUGAUAUAUCAAGUUGUGAUCCUACCUCAGAUGGAGACAGAGAAAUCACCAUGAAAGAUUUCUUGGAGCUAGAAGAGUUAUUGGACUUGGAGGAUGGAGAAAAGCUUGAAGACUUGGAUUCGAGUAGAGAAGUCACUAUGGAAGACUUCUUAGAGCUGGAGGAAUGA